AAAAUCGUAAACAACGCGUAACAGUGUUAGGAGCAACGUCAGACCUACUUCCUGUCACGUCUGGUGUACCGCAAAGUUCAAUACUUGGUCCAGCAUCGUUCCUCCUCUACGUCAAUGAUCUGCUAAGCAAUGUGAAGUCAAGUCGUGUUGCAAUGUUUGCGGACGAUACCAAAGUCUUCAACAGACUUCAAGGCAAUACAAUCGCAUGA